UUUACCCCGGAACAGUCCUUUAAACACGUGGGGCAGAUUCUGUAGGAACUACAGCAAGAUGUCUCAGUAUAAUUUUAAGAAAAUAACGGUCGUCCCGACGGCCAAGGAUUUUAUUGAUAUUAUUUUGUCCAAAACCCAAAGAAAAACUCCAACAGUUGUUCACAGAGGUUACAAGAUAUCCAGAAUUCGAGGUUUCUACACAAGAAAAGUGAAGUUUUGUCAACAGAGUUACCAUGACAAACUAACAAUGAUUAUAACUGACUUCCCCAAAUUAGAGGAUAUACAUCCAUUUUAUGCUGAUUUAAUGAAUGUUUUAUAUGAUAAAGAUCAUUAUAAAUUAGCUCUUGGUCAGAUGAAUACAGCUCGACAUCUGAUAGACAGUGUAGCCAAAGAUUACGUACGAUUAUUAAAGUAUGGAGACAGUUUAUACAGAUGUAAACAGCUCAAAAGAGCAGCACUCGGAAGGAUGUGUACUAUAAUGAAGAGACAGAAACAGAGUUUGGAAUAUUUAGAAGAAGUUCGUCAACAUUUAUCCCGUCUGCCGUCAAUCGAUCCAAAUAACAGAACUUUAUUAAUCACAGGAUUCCCGAACGUCGGUAAAUCAAGUUUUAUUAAUAAGAUAACUCGAGCUGAUGUAGAAGUACAGCCGUAUGCUUUCACUACAAAAUCUUUAUACGUGGGUCACACAGAUUAUAAAUAUCUACGUUGGCAGGUAAUAGAUACCCCUGGUUUAUUAGAUCAUUCUCUAGAAGAAAGGAAUACCAUCGAGAUGCAGGCUAUAACAGCAUUAGCACAUAUUAGAGCUGCUGUUUUAUUUAUUAUGGAUAUAUCCGAACAAUGUGGUCAUUCACUCGAACAGCAGAUAUCAUUAUUUAAGAAUAUUAAACCAUUGUUUAGCAACAAACCAUUGAUUAUUGUUAUUAAUAAAAUAGAUAUACUUACUAUGGACGAUUUACCACCAGAGAAAAAAGAAUUAUUUAGUGAAUUUGAAGAUAGUUCUAUACCAAUAGUUUGUAUGAGUACAUUAACAGAGGUUGGUGUCAUGGAAGUCAGAAGUGAGGCCUGUGAUAGAUUGUUGAUACAGAGAGUUGAGUCAAAAAUUAGAAGUAAAAAAGUUCAAGGUGUUGCUCACCGACUUCGAGUAGCCAUGCCAGAAAAACGUGAUACCACGAAACGGCCAGCAUUUAUACCAGAAUCUGUAAAAGCCAAACGAGCAGCUAUGGAGAUUGAUGGUAAAAAAAGAAAACUUGAGAGAGAUAUUGAAUUAGAAAUGGGAGAUGACUAUAGUUUAGAUUUAAGAAAAACGUGGGAUUUAGCUAAUGAAGAAGAGAAGUACGAUGUUCUACCAGAAAUCUGGAAUGGACACAAUGUUGCUGAUUUUAUAGACCCUGAUAUCAUGACGAAAUUAGAAGAAUUAGAGAAAGAAGAAGAGUUACGAGAGAAGGCUGGUUUUUAUAAUGAUGAUACAGAAGAGGAAGAUGAGGAAAUGAAGGAUCUGAGGAAAACUGCCAGAAAGAUAAGACACAAGAGAAUGUUGAAGACGUUAGAAUCAAGAGAGAAGAAAGGAAUUAAAACUAAGUUUCCCAGAACUGGUAAAAAGGUUGAUAAAUCAGAUAUCGAGAACACAAUGGCUGAACUGGGAAUUGAUAUUCAAAAUAAAUCCAAGACUCACUAUGCGACACAGAAUAAUGAGAGAUCACGAAGUACAAGCAGACGAGCUAUUAAACGUAAACGUGAAGAAUCGGAAGCCCCACGUUCAGGAAGUAGAAGUGUUUCCCGUAAACGUGAGAAGUCUGCUCAUCGCACUCUAUCUAUUACACCCAGAGAUAAAUCAGGAAUGAGAGAUGAUAAGAUGGCUAAGAAGGCAAAGAAACUUGCCAAGGCAGCGGUAGGACCAAUGCACAGACAGGGAAUAUUCGAAACAGAUCGAAGAAUAGCAGUAAAGAAACCCAAACAUUUGUUCUCAGGAAAACGAAAAAUGAAAGCAGACAGACGUUAAUGGAUCAAAGGAUCGUUAAAAAAAAUAAAAUGACUGAAAAAAGAAAAAAAAAACAUUUUAAGAAAAUUUCCUGGGGGUAUUUUUUUUCCAUCCUUUCCUGUUCUCUGAAGCAAAGUUAAAGUAAAAGAUAUGACUGAAAAAAAUACAUUUUAAGAAAAAUUCUGGCUGCCACUUUAAGAUUUUGUUUGUUUCUUGAAGCUGAAGAAUAUGUAGGUCAUCGAACUUCAUUUUAACUUGUUCGAUUUGUGUCUUCAAAUAGUCAGGAUUAUUUAUUGAACUCGAGACCAUUGCCCUUGAAAAUUGAAAAUAAAAUAUUUUAAAAAUAAAACUUUUUCUCUGGCUAAGAUAAAAUUCUAGUAUGCCACUGAAAAAGAUUUAUGCUUAAAAUAUUUUAGUCAAUAACAAGAUGCGAGUCUUGUCAGUCAAAUGACCAGAGGGACUCCCCCAGCCCCUUCCAUGUUAUUAUAGUGCUGGUUAAGGACAAAAUAAAAUCAAUAAGAUCUAUACAUAA